AUGCCAGUGCUAGAGACUGAAAUAAAACCAUUACCAAACCGCAGACAGCCCAAGAGUAAAAGGGCAAAACCACUGUCCGUAUUAUGCACUUCAAAGCCUUCCCAAACAGUUGCCACAGAGAAACCUGCAACACGAAAGAGUGAACGGAUUGACAGAGAGAAACUCAAAAGGGCCUCCUCUCCUCGUGCAGAAGUACCAAAAGCAUCAUUUGAGUCUAAAACCACAUCCAAAUCACCAAUUCAUGCAUCAGAUUCUGAACAAAACCUUGAGUCAAGUUUGAUCCAUGGGAGAACACGUCGCAGGAACGUAAGGUCAGUCUAUGCCACGCUACAUGAAGACGACCAAGCUGGCAAAGAGGUGGUUGAGUCAUCACGCUCCAUGCGCAAACGUGGUGCUGAUAAAGAACCAAUACAACAAGAUGUUCAAAUUCCAUCUACCAAUACAAGGCGUGGGCGCCCACCUAAAAGAGGUGUCAAACGAGGUGAGGAUGCAUCACCAGUUAAGGGGGAUCAGCAGAAAAUGGUGGAAGAAGAAACGGAGGAAAAGGAGACCUCAACUACUGUAGAGGUUGUGAAAGCCUCUGAGGGAUGGCGUUCACCCCGCACCCAGAAACUGCAACAAACACAACUGACUUCAUCUGCUCCAGUUAACAGGAAAGGAGGCAGAAUAGACAAACAGUGUGGCAGCACUACAGUGCUAGCUGAGCAAGCUGAUCUGGCAGGUCAUGAUGACUCUGAACUUAAGCCAAAAGCUGAUUCCGAACUGUUUGGGAAAUUAUCUGAAAAGGCAGAAAAUGCAAGCUCGCCGGUGCACAGAAAGGAAAAAGACUUAAAAGAUUCUGGUGGAAAGAAAUCUACUGAUGGGGAUAUUGAAAAGAAGGUUUACUUCGUUCAGAGGACGAGGAGGCCUGAGACAUUUGAAGCUCCUACUAUUACAAAAAACAAGACAGUAGUGCAAGAGAAUGACGAAACUAAGAUCACAAGCCUUCCAAAAGAAUCAAAAGAACCUGAUGCACAAGAAAAGGAAGACACCUUAUCAGAACCUGAACUUCCUACUGAUCCAGCUGCUUCCCUCUUAGCACGGCAGAUGGAACUAGAGCAGGCAGUUGAAAAUAUUGCUAAACUAACAGUUGAGCAACCUCCUCGACCAUAUAAAGAACCACCUUCAGGGCAACCUACCAUAUCGCCUCCUGUUAUAGUAGAGCCCGAAGGUGAGGUUGAGGAGGAGAAGCGAGCUAAUCCUGCUAGCGAAACUGAACUUGCAGCCGCUAUUGAUUCCAUCACAGCUGAAGAAACAUGUGCAGAUGCGGAUGGUUUUACAGCUCCUCCUACUUACACGGCCCUUAUUCCUCCUCCUGAAUCCUUGAUAUCCCCGUCCUCCAAUGAGAUUAUGGAACCUGAAACACACAUGGUGAUCAACAAUAUUCUUGCAGCGGACUCGGAUGAUGGUCCUCUGACAUCCAGCCCAAAAGGGCCUAUGGCAGAGUCUAAGGCAGCUGAGGAGACCCCUCUGCUUGAAACACCCAAGAAAACAGGCAAAGUUAGAGCCAAAACCCCAAAGAAGUCGCGAAGUCGCAAAGGUGCAGCUAACAAAAAAGGGGAUACUGUGGAAGAGGCUUCACAACCAGAGCCUUCCCUAGUCAAAUUACCAGAGUCGAUCCCAGAAGACCCAAAAACCAUCAAUUCAAAAGCAGUUACUGUAACAGCUGGGGCAACUGCAGCAGCCUCUGUGGUCACUGCCGUUGCAACUUGUAGGCGUGAUGUUACAAGUGCUAUAACUGUAGAUACCCCCAAAGAGGCAGAACAGCCUGAAGUUGAACAGCCUGUACCCAAAGAAUCUGCCUUUCAUUCAGGUGCAAGCAACAUCUCCAGUUGUAAAAAGCAUCCCCAAGCAGCAGAGCCAUCCACCCCUGCACUUGCCCCUGCUCCUGCCCGCCCACAACCUGUAUCCCAGUUCAAUGUACCCCUGCUGCGGCCUGCCAAAAUGGCACUUUCGCCAGACUGGCCUCCGAGAACUGAAGAGAGUAGAAUCUAUGUUGCUCCUUCGUGCCACGUCACAGUGGUAACUCCUUCUGCACCAGCAUCAUCUACACUUGGAACCCCUUCAUCAAAUCCCCCAAUGCCUCCUGACACAAAGGCCUCAGAUAUUGACCCCAGUUCCAGUACCUUACGAAAAAUCCUAAUGGAACCUAAAUAUGUGUCUGCAUCAAACAGCAAUUCUAUACAUACCACUUUGGUGACAUCUGCACUGUCAGAUCCUUCACGGAUGUCAGAGAAUGAAAAUCCAUCUGAUACAGUGGGUUCAAGACAGUUACAUCUUGAAGAGAGACCACCUUUACCCCCCCAGCCCAUACACCACAAACCCUUUCCACUAACUGAGUCCCAACAGAACUGUGGAGAGAAGACCCAGCAUACAAUUAUUUCUCCUGCUACCUCAGUAAUAAGUCGAAUUCCGAUGCCUUAUGAUACAGAGGAAACUCCACGAAUUUCCCUAAGCAACCGUAACACUGGCAUAUCUAUUCCCAAGCAAAAAUUUAGGUCAAACUCUAAUGAGAACAAUCGUUACCAUGGCAUGGAUGUAGUAGAAGAUGGGGCAAGAGGGCGCUCUGUUGUUGAGACCACUCCCUUUAGUGCAGGCUCCGGACCUGGCCUAAGGGUCAAUACAUCAGAGGGCGUUGUUGUUCUGAGUUAUUCGGGACAGAAAACUGAAGGAACUCACAGGAUGAGAGCCAAAAUUAGUCAAAUUCCUCAAGCCAGUGCUGGUGAUAUAGAGUUUCAGCAGUCUGUGUCUAAAUCUUCGGUAAAGCAAGACACACUCAUGACAUCAUCCCAGUCGCCCACCCCAAAAGUAGCCGCACCUCCGACAGUUUAUGGGCACACAGGUGUUCUCUUGACAGGCCAGUCUUAUAAUUCACAACCUGUCAUUUCCAGUAACAAGCAGGAGAGUCUUGGUUGUGACAAGUCUGAAGCUCCGUAUCACACAGCAUCCCAGGGAGGCGUGGUAAAGAUGUUCCAACAGCCAGUUAGUUCUGCUCAAGUCCUGAUGUACAACCAAGCUGUGAUACAGCAACAUGGCAAGAGAGGACUGGGGACAGAACCUCUGCCAAAGAAGAUGGACAUUAGCAAAGCUGUUCAGCAGUCUAACCUCAGCGCAGUCAUGAGUCCACACCACCCAUCACUAUCUGGAACCCGCAUGAGCCCCAGCCCUGGCAUCCCAACUGAUCGAUCAGCUCUACACCUAAAGCAAGAACCCCAGUCCCCACGAACAGCUGUUCACUCCCCUUCACCCUUUGUCAAAGCCUGUCCUCCAAGCAAUUCUCCUAGAGGAACUUCUGUCGUUCUAGGUCAUGGCAUGCCACAAAUGUCGACAUAUCAUUCUAGUAUGCAUCACCCACACUCAGAACAGUCCUCCGUCAUAAUUCAACCUCACAGUGUUACCCAGUCAAUGGCUCAUGAAGCCAGGAUGAACACCCCACCAAUGUCUGGGAUAAAUUAUGUUAGGCGAGGUGACUCCCUCUCCUCUCCGCACCCAGGGCCUCCACAGCGAUCAAACACACCGCAGCCUAAUAUCAUUCGAGAUAUGGUACUGCAGUCUCAUUCAAGUCCCCAGGGGUCGGUAUCAGGUGGUGGUGGCGGUAGCAGUGCAAGUGAAGAAGACCCCAGACACUUUAACCAAGCCCUUAAUAGACCCUCUGUUCCCCAGCUCCAAUCAGAUGUAAUGAUUAUUCACAGUGAUCACAGAGGGCUCCACCCAAGCAUACGUAUGGAACAGUACAGAGACAUGCACCAGCGCAUCCUCAUGCAUCAGCAACUGGGAGAGCAAGCUGCUGUAGAAGCAAGACAGUCACGGACCUCAGAGACUGGAACAACGUCUUCAAGCAACAUCUCUGGACCUUCAAAGAGUCCUAUAGUGGGGAAGAGCAGUGAACAUUCCACAAAAGAAUCUCUUAAACCACUAGAAGGAAAGCUGAUACAUCCACCCUCCAACGAAAGUCGAAUCAGGGGCGUCCACGCAUCAAGUCCCGUCAUGGUGUCUCCUCACUCUCAUGGGGUUCAGCUGGUGCAUCCAGGAGGUGCAGGCUCCUUUCCAGUAUAUCGAGACAUGCGAGGGUUCCCUUCCCAGUUCACAGGACAUUCUUCAUCGGGACACAACCUGGCUAACCAAGGCGUUACAUCUUCACAGGUCCCUCGUGAGCCUGAGCUGGUUCACAGGAGUAAAAUGUCUCAGUCACAUGGGGGAGGAAGUGAUUCCAAGCCUGAGAAUUCCCAUCUUCGCCAUGCUACCUCUUCAGAUGUCUCACACAUUUCCCGAAUACCAGGGGAUACGAUCUCACCCUCAUACCAAUCUUCCUUGACCUCCCCUAUGGCUCUUACUCACAAGCCAGAUCUAUCUCUACAGAAAGGCCCUCCAGCCUUCCUGCCCACACCUCCACCAGCAGGUUCACUGCAGCCACGGCCUGAUGUGAAGCUGGAACAUUCAGGACAUCGUUCCGUUGACAUGGUGCAGCUUUUGACGAAAUAUCCUAUUGUAUGGCAAGGCCUGUUGGCACUAAAGAACGACCAGGCUGCUGUCCAGUUGCACUUUGUUUCUGGCAACACCAUACUGGCCCAGCGCUCCCUGCCACCCCCAGAGGGAGGUCCUCUUUUGCGUAUUGUCCAGAGGAUGAGGCUUGAGGCUUCCCAGCUGGACAGUGUGGCACGCAGAAUGACUGUGGAGAAUGACUACUGUUUGCUACUGGCCCUACCCUGUGGUCGAGACCAAGAAGAUGUCCUUGGUCAAACCCAAGCCUUGAAAAGUGGCUUCAUCACCUACCUGCAAGCCAAACAGGCAGCUGGCAUCAUCAAUGUUCCCAACCCUGGCUCUAAUCAGCCAGCUUAUGUGGUGCAGAUUUUCCCACCGUGUGAAUUCUCGGAGAGCCACCUUUCGCGCCUGGCCCCGGACCUUCUCAACAGCAUCUCCAGCAUUUCUCCUCACCUCAUGAUUGUCAUUGCCUCUGUUUAGUUACCUCCAUUUUUACCUGAACAAAGCCAACACCAGCCCUUUUGGACUUGUCCAGUUUUGUAAACUGGAAUUGCCUCAUAUUUUUAUGAGUUUGACUUUUUUGAAAAAUGUAAUUUAGCAUGCACUCACCUUUUCUUCUUCACUUCACCAAGUCCUUAAGUCAUUCAGUGACAUUGAAUUCCAAAAACUAUACCUUUUACAGAGAGGAUCUGAAGGGUUGAACGAGGAUUUUUGAUGAUCAUAUGUGACGUGUCAUUUCAUUUUUGCCAUUUUUGGAGGUGUUGUGCAUAGCCUUUUCUAAUUCAUAGCAUUCAUAAAUCUAUGGAUUGAGACCUUCCUAUGGGAUAUUUUUUACCUUCAUAAAAGUGAUUGUGAUUUUUUUUUUUUAUUUUAAACACAAACGAUGUGAGAAGUCAUUGCACUAUGUUAAGGAAAAAAUUGUGAACUCUGUACAGAUUUGAGUAUAAAAUGAUAGAUGUAAAGGAACUACUCUCGUGAUCAGCCAUCAUGCUUGUGCAAGAUAAAAGAAAGUCAUUGCCUGGAAAAUGAUAAAGAAUCAUUUCCGCCUGAUCAAUCAAACUGCUUUUGCUCCUUCACCAUCAAUCAACUUCUACGUCAUUUCCGGACUCAACUCUCCAUCCCGAAGUGUUCCCUGCCCCAGGAACUCGUGAGGGGACGUUUAGAGUUGUACAGUUUACACUCAAUGCCUCAACAGGGGACUAUAUAAAGAAUAUUUAAUUUGUUUAUUUUUGUUUGCAUCUUCUAGCCUAAGGGUAUUGUGGACAAUUGUGAAACUGUAAAUAUUAUACAUAUUUAAAGACUGAAGUAAUGUGGAGAGACCAAGUGAAUUAUUUUACAAGACAGAUCAUCAAGUUCCAAUGUUUUCUUUCUUUCUUUGAGAAGGGGCAAGAGGGUGAAAGGAUCUGUUGUAUCCAGGAGCGAUAUUCACAGGAAGGUGGGUUUUUUUUUUAGUUUUUUUUUUUUUUUAAUUGAUUCAGUGCCAAAAUGUCUUUUGCAAACGCUCAACUCACGCAAUGUAUCUUUAAAAAAAAAAAAAAAAAAAAAAAGUUGAUCAGAACCUAUUUUCAUAUGUGACUUUGUAUUUUGCCACUCAGAGGGCAGACUUGAUUCAUUGGUUUUGUAUUGUCCAUCAACCCAACUCUGUUACUACAGUGCUUUUACAUUAUGAAAUAGUAUCCUCAUUUUGAAGGAACCAUUGUAUUGUAGGGUUGCAUUUCUGUUUGUAUUCCUUUUAUCCUCUCCCUGAUGUGGUCCUCUACUGCCCCCUCCUGUCUGAAAAUCAUCCUCUUGCAUAUUAAGGACUGCACCCUGAAGUCAUUUAAGCCGUGACUUCAUGACAGAUGUGCUAUAGCAUGCUUUAUUUUCAAAUCUCAUAAUAGUAAAGUAAAAUCACAGAGGCAAAGAAUGUGAGUUGAACUUAUCAUCAUGCCGCUAAUGGAUGUGUUGAUCAUAAGUCUCCAUCCCUGUCCUUAACUGUCUCCUUGAGCCAAGCUGUAAAUACUAAUGUCCUUAAUCUGUGCUCUUGUGUAUUUCCCCCCUUUAUAAUUGUCUUUCUUCAGGGUCCUUUUUUGUUUUGUGCAACAAAACAAAGCAGUCUGAAAGAGACAGGAGAUGAGGUAUGUGAAACCGAUGCUGAAAGUAAAACCAUGCUUGUCAGUUUUGUGGUGUAAAUAUUUCUAUGACUGCAAGCUGAAUACUGUCAUGGUUGUGUUGAAGGCACUUAUAAUUUUUGAUAAACAAAUGAGAAGAAAAUACAAAAAACAAACAAACAAACUUAAAACGGUGAUUAAUAUGAAAACUGUCUUUUGAUCAAUCUUCAUUUUGAGUGUACUUUGCUGUUCCUCCAUGAGGACAUUUUAAACUGUAAAAUAAAUGGUUGUUUAACUUACUUCUGAAGAUCAUUAAAUGGUCCGUCACUCUUGGUUUC